UUAAGGGGAGUGGAGAGAGACGCUGGGAGAGGACUCACACACACUCACACACACUGACACACACUCAUCACUACUCGCGCACACACACGCAACACACACUCUGGAGGAGAAAGACGCACCGAAAAGACGCACGAAGUGAGGAAGAAGAAGGAGACAGAGAAGAAGAGGAACCAGACCAGGGCGGACCAAAAGGGGCCAAAAACUCACCAGGUAUGGCGGCGGUGUUGCCGAGAACCCUGGGUGAGCUGCAGCUCUACAGGAUCCUGCAGCGAGCAAACCUGCUCUACUACUACGAGGCCUUCAUCCAGCAGGGCGGCGACGACGUGCAGCAGCUCUGCGAGGCCGGGGAGGAGGAGUUCCUGGAGAUAAUGGCCCUCGUCGGCAUGGCCAGCAAGCCGCUGCACGUGCGCCGCCUGCAGAAGGCGCUGCGGGACUGGGUCACCAACCCGGCCAUCUUCAACCAGCCGCUCACCUCGCUGCCCGUCUGCAGCAUCCCCGUCUACAAGCUGCCCGAGGGCUCGCCCACGCUGCUCAACGCUCAGGACCGAGCCAACACCGCCAGCGUCAAGAUGCCCAAAGCCGUCGCGGCCACCUGCUCGGAUCCAGGGAAGCUGGAUGUGGCGCGGGACAAAGUGUCCGCGGGGUCGCCCCUGCAGGGCAGCAGCGAGGCGCGGUUCUGGUCGAGCCACAGCAACGACAGCGAGCACAGCCUGUCGCCGUCGGACCUCGGCUCCCCGUCCUCACCCAGAGACGCUCUGGAGGCUCUGGAUGCUGCGGCUGUCCAGUCGGUCCUGGAGUGCGUGGACAGGAUGGCACCUGGACUUCCUAAAACAGACCUGGCCGAGGUCAAAGAGCAGCUGAAGAACAACAAAAAGCUCGCAAAGAUGAUCGGACACAUCUUUGAAAUGAGUGACGAUGACCCGCGCAGGGAGGAGGAGAUUCGUAAAUACAGCGCCAUUUAUGGACGCUUUGACUCCAAGAGGAGGGACGGCAAACACCUGACGCUGCACGAGCUGACGGUGAACGAGGCGGCGGCUCAGCUCUGUAUGAGGGACAUGGCUCUGCUGACACGUCGAGACGAGCUGUUUGGACUCGCCCGGCAGAUUUCUAGAGAGGUUACCUACAAAUACACCUACCGCACCAGCAAGUCUCGCUGUGGAGACAGAGACGAGCCGUCCCCAAAAAGAAUAAAGACAGAGGAGAACUUCUUCGACAUCCAGGAGGCGCUGCAGGCCAUCCACAUGAGGCAGGAGAUGCUGAGGGAGCAGCUGGCCUGCGCCAAGUUGAAGGGAGAGGAAACCGUCGGGCGAAAUCUGCAGAUGCAGCUGGAGCGUCUGCUGGCGAGGCAGAUGGAGAUCCUGCAGGACGCCGCCGUUCAGGAGCGACUCCAGGCUCUGGACUGGAGGAUCCCCCCCGCCGCUUUAAAGUACCUCAACGACGCCCAGAACACUAAUGGAGCCGCUGCCGACGCCAGCCGAGACAACCAAGAUGAACGUCCAAUCAACUUGCGGGUGGUUAGUCAAAGCAUGCAGGAAGGCGACCUCCCAUUGGGCAAGCAGCUAGCCAAUGAACUGAAGCGUCAUCACAACCACAACAACAACAACAACACAGACGAGACCAAAACACCAGCAACAGAGAACGGGACGUCGCAGCGGGCGCCUAGCAACGCAGAAAAGAAGACCAUCAAGUCAGAGCCGGAAGACUCCACAUAGUGCCUCCUGCCUCACCCACCCACCCAACCCCGCCUCCCCCCUCGUACCCACCCCCCAAUUCAUUCUACUCACACUUGACAGUAUGCAGUUAUUACCCGUCAAUAGAUACUAAGCAAGCACAGCCACAGUAGAGCCUUAACAACCAAUGUUGCCUCAUGAAUAGCAUUUAUUUUUCUUUAAUUUAGUCUUUUUGUUUUUUUGUUUUAAAAGGUAUCUGCCAAAGCACCUAGAGAGCAUGUGAAGCCCAUCAGUGCUCUACAGGUCUUUGUCUGUUGAUUAAUUGUACAUGUUAGGUGUACAUGUACAUGUAAUUUAAAAGUGAUCUGUUGCAGACAUUUGUAUACUCUUUACCUCUGCGUGGGUGUUAUUUUUGUUGCUUUCUUUGGACAGCCGGGUUACAGGCUGUGAUUCAGGGGGCUGAGUCCUAACUCAAGCGUAGAUUCAGAGAUGAGACAAAGGGAGAAGUGUUGGCUUUGACGCUGCACGUCCACACUGAGGCGAGUCCAGCGUUUUGGUAACACCUUAUAUGACCACCAUACCACAUGGCCAAAUGGUUUUAAGUCUCUUUUUCUGGCUUAUACUUUAAAAUCUAAGCUCCAGAUUCUUCCAGUACUCAAUGUUAAAUUUCAAAAUAUGUUCCAGUCCAGAGUUUGUAAUUCAGAUUUCUAGCUAAAUUACCAUUAGCACUUCAUUUCAGACUGAAAUAUCUUGACAAAUAUUGAAUGGAUUGCCAUUUAAUUUCAGACUUUCAUGGCUUCCAGAGGAUGAAGCUUAAACUCUGACUCUCAUGGUUCCAGGUUGAUGUAUCCUCCUGUGACGACAUCAAGUGACAUUCCCAUUGGUCUGAUCUGUACUUUGUGUUUAUCAAAGUGUCGGCAGCUCUUUUAGGCAAAUUUAAAAGUCAAUAUCACUAAAUCUAUAUUACUGUAAUAUUAAUAGUGCAUUUUUAAAGCAUUUAUAGACUUUUUAAAGUGCAUUUUUAUGAAAACACAAAGAGCUUUUUGAUCUUUCUAUCGGCAGUUACCAACAUGUGAUAUAGAUGGAUAUUUAUUGUGGUAGUCAUGCAAAGUGUUACCUAAUUUCUAAGCUGCAGUGGCUGGUUUCCAAAAAAACUCACAAGCCAUUUUCAUGACUUCUUAAGCCAACUAUAAUUUUUUGAUAAUAAUAAAAUCAAAACUUACUAGCAAUAGCCAAAGACAGGCUUGUGGUCGCCUUCCUGGCCGUCACCACACGUCCUCUGAGCCUCCGUCAUUCUCCCAAAUCCUAACGUAGGUGUCUGCAUUUGUACUGUAACUCAAAGCAAAAGUGUAAAAGUACUGUAGGGAGAUUGAGUCGGGACUCAGCCCCUCCUAGCAGGUUAGGUUUUUUUGUCGUUCACUUCAAAUGAGAAAACAGGAGAAGUGGGAUUAAUCCUUCCUUCCUCGCUCUUGUCUUGUGUAUAUUUAUGGGAGGUAAUUUAAAGAAGAGGAUGUAUAGGAGCUGUUGAGGAAAUAACAGCAGGGGUCCUCUGUCAUUCAUCUUGGCAGGAUGGCUGGGCUGGAGUGCCGGAGGCCGAGCUAAUUGGUUCAUUUCACUUUGUAAUUUAGCAAAACACUGCUGUUGAACUGAAACCAUGCAUCUACAAACAGGGAGUAUUUCAGGAAUAAAGACGCCUAUGUGUUUUCAGCUUUCAGGAGGGCUCCACGGGUCGUAAAAAUCCACUCAGUGCGAAAACUUUCAACUGAAGACAAUAAAAUAUUAAAGAUUGCAGGUAUGUGGUUUUUCAACAACAGCGGCAAAAAGUUAAAUUCCUGUUUAUUGCUGUUGUCUGCAGAGCAGCAGCCUGGGUUCUGUAAAUAGUACCAUGAUAACAAUUAGUGCUAGCCUAAUCUCUCAACCAGGGUUUUCCUUUGUCAAGUGUAACUUUGCUGUAGAUUUUUGGUGUCAAUGCAGUGUUUAUGUACGUAGAGCAAAAUCAAAAAAAGAAAUCUUAAGUGUCAUUGAGGAAAAAAAUACAACUGUGUGAAAGUGUCUGGUAUAUAAAACAUGCUUUACAUGAUGAUAAUGUUGAUUAGCCUUAGCUCUUAACAGUGUUUAAUCCACCUGUGAUGGCCAUCAGUACAUAUUUCAAAGAUGUGUUUUUGCUGUUUAGAGGUAGAUACAUAACAAGUAAGUGUUCACUGUGUUGUUUUUUGUGCGUUUGCCACAUUGUGUAAAUACGUCUGUUUGGUCUAAGAUGAUAAUAAUGUCCAGACAGUUUUAGUCUAACUCUCUCUCCCUGCAGAUAGUUUAGUCUCACUCAGCGUAAUGACAGACCAAUGCAAUAUUUAUGUAAGUAAUAAGUCUAUUUGCAUACUAUAUGGAUCCAUCGUUUUGUCAUGUGCUCAGUAACUGUAUGUCUGUUAUCAGGGCAGGAAUUCACCUGCAACGUGGGAAAUGUUUGUGUUGUCUCACUUUAAGUGCACAGAGCACUGUAUUUGUAUUUAAAGACAUUUUUGCUCUUUUCUCAAAAUUCCAUGAGGUUGUUUUGUUUCAAGCCGCCGCCACUACGGCGAGAAAUCAACAAGGUUGUGAUCACGGUCGCCACAGCUAAAGUGGCUGGUGAAUUCUGGGAGACAACGCCGUCAUGGUUUGGGGACAAAAAUAUUUUUUUGUCCCCAAACCAUGGUCGGCUCAAACACUGGCCGAGUCGGCGCGACUUUAUGUUUCUGAGAAUAACGCAUGUCUGACCUGCCGUCUCACUGAUCACCGUUCUGCUCACUGUUUAUUGUAAAGUGAUAGAUUAGGCUUCACCUAGUUAUGCACCUGUUUUUUAAACACUAAUAUAUUUUAUUUGUUAUACAGCACAUAAACAUUAAACUUUAUUUUUUUGAACUCUA